GAAGAAGCAUUUUGCAAUACUGACUCUCUACAUCUCUUUGGCUCGGAUUGUGGAUUUUUUUCCCGCCCCUCUGUGUCAUUUUCAAUCCACUACUGUUUGUGUUCUUCAAUUAAUUUAAAUUUAGGAUCAUUUUUCUUUUGCAAACCGCUAAAAAAAAUGGGAAUAGAACUCGCUGUCAAUAUGUCCGAGGAAGUUUCACUUUACGGAGGAAAAAGUGCCUUUACCCAAAUGGAGCACAACAUAGUGGCUGGAUAUCUGAUAACGGCAGGUAUCGUGAGUUUAGCCAGCAACAUUGUGGUUCUGUUGAUGUUUGUGAAGUUUAAGGAGCUGCGCACUGCCACCAACAUCAUCAUCAUCAACCUGGCUCUUACUGACAUCGGAGUGGCUGGUAUCGGAUAUCCCAUGUCAGCAGCCUCUGAUAUCCACGGCAGCUGGAAGUUUGGAUACACUGGUUGUCAGGUGAGUGCCCUCUUCUGAACAUCA